UCAACAUUACUUAUAUUUCUUAUUUUAGUAUACAGGUAGCUUCUAACCUUAAAAUCAUUAUCACGAAUUCCGUUUAAAUUAUGACCCCACGUUAUAUAUAAAAGAGAACUAAGAUUUUACGAGAAGAAAUAAUAACGUAUAGAUCCGAGGCAUUUAAAUUGUCAUAUUUUCUCCUUUUGAAAAAUAUUUAUUUAAGUGAUAAUUACUUGAAGUAUAUUACUAUUACUUUUAUUAACUUAAAGUCACUGUAGUGGGACUUCAUAUUAGAAAGGAAAAAAGAUUCGUCAAAGGAUCGAAAUCGUUAAGUUAUUUACGCAAAAUCGUGUUGAGAACCGUUAGUUUUGAGUAAUUUGGUUGUUAUAUUCGCUCACAUUUACCUCCUCUAGAGGCGGACAGAAUUGAAGACGGAUAGGUCUAGAAUUCUACGAGUUUAGUAAUUUACCGUGUUAAGAUCAAAUAAACUAUCAGAAGAUGGCAUGUGGAGGAUGUUGUUGUGAUUCCACGCCCAUAUCCUGGGUGUCAUAUAUUGUUACAUGGGUGGCUCUAGUAUGUGGACUGGUUGCCAUUUUCACUCCGUACUGGAACACGCAGGAUAAUAAUCCUGAUGUUGACUUUGCUGGACUGUUUUCUCAGUGUAAAGAUGAUAUAAGUAACUGUUUCUCGAUAUCAAAUGUUCUCAGUGCCUAUAAAGGAACAGAUUUUUACGAUGAUUUCCUGGUAAACCUGUCUUUACAGAUGUCGGGAUUGGUUGCCCUGAUUGUUGCCAUAGUAUUAUUUUCGAUAUACAGUUGCUGUUUAUCCAAUAAAUAUUUAGCUUAUGUCAUAAUUGGCUUUCAACUGUUUGCAUUCGGAGCAAUUAUUGCUGGAGCAACUGUUUACGGAGUGAAGUGGAUGGAUUACUACACAGCUGCAACAACCCUUAGUUGGUCAUUUGGACUAGACGUAGCCAGUGGUGCUCUUAGUCUUGUAGCUGCCAUUCUUCUUAUAAUUAAUUCAUGUUGUCUGUAAACUUAACACAGUGAAUUGUAUUGCGUCUUUGAAACAGUUCGUGACAAAUCCCAUAACCGCGUUGAAAAAAGAAACUACAGCA